AUGAUACGAUCGAGCAUAUCGAGAGGAAUUUUACCAAGAAGGAUUGGUGGAUAUUAUGGCGGUAGAUGUUACAUGGUUUUGGCGCUCGAAUCAUCUUGCGAUGAUGCGUGUGUAGCUCUUCUUGAUAAAUAUUCAAAAGAUCAAGCACCAAAGGUUAUAGACCAAUUUAAAGAGACAUUGAACUCAUCUGGGACUGGUGGAAUUAUUCCCACAGAUGCACACGAGUUUCAUCAAUUUACGAUUGCAAAUUUGGUAGCUAAAUUCUGUAAGAAACACAAUCUUAAUUCAACUUCACCACCAGAUUUGAUAUGUUGCACGCGAGGUCCUGGUAUGGUAGGCUCGUUGAGUGCUAGUUUACAAUUUGCAAAGGGACUUUCAGUAAGUUGGAAUAAGCCAUUGAUAGGAGUCCAUCAUAUGUUGGGGCAUAUUUUGAUAGCAAAUUUACCAAAGAGUCAACAACCCGAAAUGGAGGCACCUAAAUAUCCAUUUUUAAGUCUACUUUGUAGUGGGGGCCAUACCAUGCUCGUACUUCUGAAAUCUCUCACUGAGCAUGAGAUAAUCAUUGAUACGGUGGAUAUUGCGGCCGGUGAUUCUAUCGACAAGUGUGCCAGGGAGUUGGGUUUAGUAGGAAAUAUGUUGGGAAAGGAAUUAGAAAGCUACGUCAAAGCCAUUCCUGAGGACUUGAAAAAAAAAUUCGAAAACACAGAUACAAAGUCAAGAGAUAAUGAGUUUAAAUUUCAGCUUUCUCUCCCUCUAAGAAGUCCCAAGCACCUAAAAAUUCCCGAAAAGUUAGAAUUUUCUUUUGCAUCAUUUUUGAGUACAAUUCAAGGUUACAGGACAAAAUAUUUUAACGGUAAAGAUUUUGAUGAGAUGACAAAAAUGUUCAUUGCAUUUAAGCUUCAAGAAUUGGUUCUUGACCAUAUGGUUAACAGAAUAAAUAUCGCAUUGAUUAAACACGGGAUUGAUACAAUAAACUACACGAAAGCAGAUGGAAAAUUUAAGGGUGUUCAAGACUUUAUUUGUUCAGGAGGAGUUGCAUCGAAUCAACGAUUAAGAAAUAAACUUCAUAACAAUUUAAAUUACAGAAGCUUGACUAAAGAAUCAGAAUCGCAUAUUCUUAAUUUCCAUUUUCCCGAUUUAGCAUUAUGUACUGACAAUGCCAUUAUGAUAGGGGUUGCAGGUAUUGAAAUAUUUGAAAAUCUAAAAGUUAAAUCCGACUUGAAUAUUUUGCCAAUUAGAAAAUGGCCAAUGGAUGAGUUAUUGAAAGUUGACGGGUGGGUUCAAUUGAAUGAUGAAGAAAUUAAUAAAAUACGAAAUUUAGAUCUAUAA